UCUCGACGACUGGGCGCAUCUAUCAAUGCGCAAUCGCAUCGGAGCUGUAGACGAAGUCGGGGAGGUCUGCCGAGACGAGGAAUAAACACGGUGGCUGGUCCGCGCACAGGCACACGGGCAUCGGCGAGAAGUGGGCGGCGGAGGGAGUCGAGCGAGAAAGAGAGAGAGAAAGAGAGAGAGGGGAGACAUAGUGGGAGAAAGCGAGAAAGAGGGAGAGAGCGAGAGAGAGAGAGAACGGGUGAUACGGUCCGUGCGUGCGAGCGAACGAGAGAGGGAGUGAGAAAGACGUGAGCAAGAUAGAGCGAACGAGUAGGCCAGCGAGACGAUCACGAUGCACGGAGGCGAGCACAAGCGGCCAGGGGCACAGGGCUGAGGGCUGAGGGCUCGACGGGGCCUCGAGUUACGUUCACGGGCCGGCCGCGACGCAGCCAGCGAGCGAUGGAGCAGCCCAAGACUCCGGCGUCCCGGCUAUUCAACACGACCUGCAUCGAGAACAAGGACGACCUGGAAGAGAAAUUGGAGAGAUGUCAUUCGACGUUGCAAAAUUUGAUCACGGGACUCUCGGAGAAGGAAGCCCACGACACGCUGAACAAUGCAGUGUGCAAAGACAAGACGCACGAGGAGGUUUCCCUAGGUUUACUAGUGAUCAUCUUGACAGAACCGCAGAAUGCUGCAAAGAGUUACAGAGACUUGACAUUGAUCACACGAGAUGGCCUAGGCAUUGUGUUGCUUCAUCUAAAUCAAUUAGUACUGGAUAAAUAUUUGAGAUUAAAUGACGUUACCAGGAGUCAGUUAUUGUGGUUGCUAAGGGAAAUGAUAAGGACUAGUGUAACUAAUGUGGAUAAUCUUUGUUUGACUUUGUUGAGACAUGCGGCAGGCGGGGAUAUUUCCCCAAAGAACUUAUUCCUAGUUGACGCCCUCUUAGAUAUUUUUCAAGAAAAUCGAGCGUGGUUGGAUAAAUUUUCUUUUUUAGUAGCAUCAAUUGUGUACACAUAUUUACGGUUAAUAGAAGACCACAAUGCACCUCAUUUGGCUGGUUUAAGGCAAAAGGAAGUGACCUUCACAACAUCUCUGAUAAAGGAACGAAUGGCAGACUGCCUAGCUAUUGGAAGAGAUUUGGUUCGCUUGCUGCAGAACGUCGCGAGAAUACCGGAGUUUGAAGCACUCUGGAAGGAUAUAUUACUCAAUCCGAAAUCUCUCUGUCCAAAUUUUAACGGUGUUCUUCAAUUAUUACAAACUAGAACCUCCAGAAGAUUUCUACAAUCUCGUUUGACGCCGGAAAUGGAGAGGAAACUCGUGUUUCUGACGAGUAACGUCCGUUUCGGCAAUCACAAGCGUUAUCAGGAUUGGUUUCAGAGGCAAUACUUAGCAACACCUGAAUCUCAAUCGUUAAGAUGUGAUCUAAUUCGCUUUAUCGUUGGAGUCAUACAUCCCACGAACGAACUGCUGUGCUCUGACAUUAUUCCGCGAUGGGCAGUAAUAGGCUGGUUAUUCACAACGUGCACUUCUACCGUGGCUGCCAGUAAUGCAAAGCUAGCUCUGUUUUAUGAUUGGCUGUUUUUCGAUCCUGACAAAGACAAUAUCAUGAAUAUUGAACCUGCAAUUCUUGUUAUGCAUAAUUCAAUGAGGUCUCAUCCACCUGUCACUGCCACACUUCUAGAUUUUUUAUGCAGGAUAAUACCAAACUUCUAUCCUGCGCUAACGGAGAAAGUCAGAAACGGCAUAUUUUCGUCAUUGCGACAAAUUUUGGAAAAACGCGUUUUGCCUAGCCUAUAUCCGUUAUUUGAUAGUCCGAAACUUGAUCGAGAAUUAAGAAGUAAAAUACGGGAAACUUUUAAGGAAUUUUGUCUACCACCAAAUACAGAAAUGCCUGCAGGUAAUAAGGUUCUGAAAUAUUCAGGUAAAAUGGAAGAGCUUAACAAGGAGCACAAUCCAGGGACUGUAAUAGAAAAUAUCACAAAUUCUACCACGGAGAACAACCAUGUAGCACAAGAUCCAGAACCAGCAUUCAGUGAUGAAGAAGAGGAGUCUCCUCUCAGAAUAGUGACGAAAGUGGAAGAGGAAGAAGACGAGGAGGAUGUACCAUUGUCUGCUGUAAAAUUGAAAAAUGAUCAAAAGAACGCGAACUGCGUCGUGAAGAAGGAGGACAUUACGUCGCAUUUACGUCUCAUAUUGGAGCCGGAAGAGUUGAGAACUAGUAUAGAAACAUUGCAUACGGAAACCGACAAUGAGUCGAGAUGCCAAGCGAUGGAAAGGAUAGUACAAAUGGUUGUAGAGGACGAAAUAGAUGCAGAGACGAUACCCGCGUUAGCGUCCUGCAUAUCAACUAUUUUAUUGCCACAGAUCACGGCGCAGAUUUUUCCAUCGGAUAAUCUAAAUGAAGAAGUAUUGGCUGAUAGUAUAAGCACACCGUUGUUUGUUAUGUUUCGAAACCAGUUUCAAUUAUGCAAAGAAGAAGAUAAUAGACGGAAGCUUUUGGCCAGAGUGCUAGCGGAAAUGCAAUCAAUUCAAUCUAGGAUAGGUUAUCUCCUUCUUUAUUUCUUAAAAGUCUGGGGCAGAGAAGAAGAGAAAAGAGAAGGCGAACCGAGCAAUGUUCUGAACGAUGUCAAAGCAUCAGUAUAUAAAGACUUCUGCGCGCAGCGAGAAAAAAAAUUGGACGUUUGUCUAGUGUCAGAUUUAAAGCUUUGCCACGAAGAUAACAUAUUCAUGUUAUGUUAUCUCGUGCCUGACGUAUACAUAGGGUUUCAAAAUGUCGCUGUCGGAAAUGUUCAACUGUUGCAUCUUGUCGUGUCCACUGUGGAUUCGUGCCAGUUACAGGAUCUAGUUUGUCAAAUAAUGCAAGGCCAUCUAAAGAUGUUGAAGAAGGAAUCGUUCACCACGCUAUUAACAGCCAGCUUAAAUUGGGAGACAUUCGAGCAGUACUGUUUCUGGCAGCUUAUAUUCGCACACGAUUUUCCCAUUGAUUACGUACUGCCAGUUUUGCCAAAAUUACAGUUUCGUAAUCACGCGGAGGCACUUACUUCAAUCUUGUUUAUGCUUAAGCAAGAAAAGCCAACGUUGGAUCUUCUACGACAAUUACUCGCCCGACAAAGCGUUGAUGGCGAUAUGUUUGUUGUGGCAACGCUACGUUAUUGGUGUCGCGAUUACGAAGAGAAACUUGGCGAGCUGCUUGCGAAUUUACUUAGCACCCGUUAUCCUGCGACCAGUCCGAACAAACGGAAACGUUCUGGAGCCAAACAGAAUCAACAAUCUGCUGGUCCACCUACCGGCGAACAAGUUCUUGGUCAUUUGGAUCAAUUACGUCAACACUGUAUGUCCUCCGCGGAAUUACAAUUAUAUCACUCGGAAGGAAUGCAAAGGGCAUUACAGCAGGCGCAGGCGGCGAGUAGUGAUUCACUGAGGAAAAGUUACGGCGAUCUUUUUGCGCUUGCAGAAGUCAAUGAAGAGAACGAACCGCCACCACCGAGUAGUUCUGCGAGAAAACACACUGCUUCCUCUGGAGGUGGGGCCAGUGGUAAGGGUGGCCAUAGGAAAACUGGUGCUAACACGAGAGAAAGAUCCAAUUUGAAGAGACCACUUCCACGAUAUCAUAUUGAUAGUACCUCUAGUAGCGAGGAAGAAGAAAUCGUGAAUCCAAAGCAAGCGAAAAAAAGGAAAAAGAUCAAUCCAGUGGGCUCGGACAGCGACUGACCACCCAGUGUCUUCAUAUGUCACAUGGACCACGUCACGUGUGUGCAGCAAGCUAAACUAGCCUUAAGAAUAAAUUAAGAACCUUCUACCGGGACGUCGAGACGUAAUUCGUGUACGUAUUAUUCCGGUGAGAAGCGUACAGUUUUACGACCAAAUGUAUUCAGUUCUCAAUUGCGCUUAAUGAGCACAAUUAUUCUCGAGAGAUACAGGGAUACUUUUUAUAAUGUUCUGCAUGACGGAAGGUUAUUAAACUUUAAAGUAAUCAGAGUGAUUCAAUGUUAGCUUGAAAUAAAUUCAAUUUUGUUUCAAAUUUUAUUAGGAUCAUUUAGUAAUUUGAUUUAAUAAUUUGUUGCGAUUAUAAACUGCGACGUAAUUUGACUUGUACUUUUGUAUAUCUUUUUACAUCUCCUUAUAUUUGUAGGUAGACAUAUAAGGUGAAAUUAAUUCGCGCAUGGUGAUAACGAUGCAGACACGAUCAAGAGUCGGUCUCAUCAUUGUAUAAGUAUUCAAUUCUCGUUAGAAAAAUGUUUGAAUAAUUUUCCGUACUAAACCGUUCGUCGUUUCGUUAUCAUACUACGUACGAUAUACGUGUUUCUCUGAAAUGUUAAAAAAUC